CAUAUAUUACGAGUUACAAAACAGGAAUUAAUGUAAGGAACGAGGGCAUAUCCCGCUUAACGAGGGAGUGCCACAAAUUAAUUACUUGGUUUAAGCAGUGUUAUAAGUACUUAGAAUUACUCACUCAAUGUUUGUAUGCUAAAAGCCUUGGCAGUUUCAUCCAGCAUGAAGCAGUUGCAGGUGCGCCAAAACUACAAAUCCAUCCGCAAGCAAAGGGGCCACAAUGGCUUUGACGAGCUGCGGCGCUACAUCAAAGGGGGCGGCGAGUUCUGCAAGGAGCUCGCUGUUAUUCUUCAGGAGAGAGCUGAGCUGGAGAGCGCGUACGCUAAGGGUCUGCACAAGCUGGCGGGGAAGCUGCUGAAGGCGUCGCGUGACAGCCUGGGCAGCGUGCACCAGGCAUGGCAGGCCGUCGGACAGGAGCUGGACAACGAGGCUGAAGUUCACAGGAACGUGCACGAGUGGAGAACUGCCGAGUAUAAGGCCAAGAAACAAAGUCACUCGGCGUGCCGCGAGAACGAGAAGAUCCAGGACAUGGCGCUCGAGGCGAGGCUCGGCAGAGGCAAGACGCUCUCUGAGAAGGAGGCUGUUAAGAUGGAGAAGCAGCGUCGCAAGGCAGAGGAGCUGGUGCAGCGCAGUGAAGUGGAGUUUUUUUUAAUAUUGCUAACUAUUAAAAUAAUCAUUGAUCUGAGAUGUAAAGCCACUAAUUCGAGCGACUUAAUCAUUAAUCUAAGAGAUAGUGCGAGCCGCCUAGAGGAGCCUGUGAGUCAGUGCGACGUGGAGAAGGAUGUCGCGGCCAUCAUCAACGCUAAGGGCACGGGUGAGAACAUCCCCCAUCAGCUCCUGCCGGAUUUCUACGCGGAGGACAUCAACAACAUCAUGAACAGGGAACGAAGAAGAGAAUCUCUGGAGAAGCUGAGCAAGUCGUUCAAGGGCGACAUCGAGCGGGAGCGGCGCGGCAAGCAGGGCGUCGAGAACCUGGCGAAGGCGCUGCAGGAGACGCCCAAGUUCGGCAGCGAGGACUCGCAGCAGGACGUCAACGACAAGCUUCAGCACAUGCGUGCGAUGCUGGCGUACCUGGAGGCGGCGCGCCACAAGAUCGAGUGCAGCCUCGCUGAGCUGCAGCAGCGACCGCGGCCCUCACAUCCUGUGGAGCGCCAUGUGCAUACCAGCCGUGACAAGCAGGGCAUGGUCAUCUCUGUACUCAAGCGACAUGUGCACACCAGCCGUGACAAGCAGGGCAUGGUCAUCUCUGUACUCAAGGUGCCGGCCUGGCUGACCCCCGACAGCGCGUCCCCCGACAGAACUCCCCCCAGCGACUCCCCCGCCGACUCCCCCGACUGGCGGGACCGAGGCGCUGCCGACGGAACAAGCGUCCAACCCGACUCCGACUUCGACGAGUUCAGCUCCCAGGGAUCUGACCGGGACUAUCAGAACGCUAUCCAUUCACCGGGAUCUGACAUUGCCCACAAUAACAUCGUCAACCAACAGUCAAUCAAAACCGAAUGCGACCAAAUCACCAACUAUGACCAAAAUACCGAGACCGAUAAAUCUAAUGGUCUUGGCACCGAAGAUUCUGAACAAACGAGCGAAAAUCAAAAUCCUAUCGCUGCCAUUGGAUUCUAUGCUACGCAACCGCCGCCCGCAGAUGCCGUUGAAGCGAUGGGUCGCUGCAAGGCUCUCUAUGACUACGAUGCUAACAUGUACGACGAGCUCACCAUCAGAACAGGUGACAUUAUCCAGCUGCACCGCAAACAACCCGACGGGUGGUGGGUAGGCGAGCUGGAUGGCAACACUGGGAUAUUCCCUGCGACAUACGUCGAAGAAAUCGAUUGAUAUUGGCCACGCUCAGAGUGUCACUCAU